GAUAUGUCCUUAUUCUCUUAUUUUUUUUAUUUUUUAUUUUUUUGUUGCUAUCGUUUUAAAUGUUACAUUUUUUAACUCAAAAAUUACUUUUAUAUUCUGGUUGUGCAAUACCGUCGAUUAUAUUUUUUCUUCUCACUAAGAAUCAAAAUAUUAAACAUGUUAAUAGCAGUCCUCCUGACUGGCUAUUAAUACUUAUCGGUUUUAGUGAAGUCUUUAUACCCAUCGCUUAUAAUGCAUAUGGAUCUGUCCUAGAUCGUGUCAUUGUUGCUGUCAUGGCUGUUGUGAUGACGUCUGGCAUGUUCAUCUAUAUUCAUAAUCGGCAUCAAACUCCGGAAGGUGAAGAAAUUCAUCCCUUUUAUGAGAUUUUGGCUAAUUGGAAUCAGUCAGCAACAAAAGCAGUUGAGUCAGUAACUGAAAAGAAAGAUAAAAAAGAUGAAACUUCACUUUCACAAAUCCGGUUAGAUGCCUUUAAAUUUCUUCUUCGUGCUAUUGCUUAUACAAUUAUUUAUAUACCAGUCUUUUCAACCAUGGAUGGAUUUGUACGUACCUGUCAGGAACCACCAGAAGUUUUUACCAAUAGUCCCUACCUAUAUCGAUUAUUCAAAGCACCUAUCCCACUAGCUUCUAUUAUGUAUUAUAUCUGGCUUGGGAUUACCUUUACCCUUCAUAUUGCUUUAAUUCCCCUUGUUCAUCUUUUGACACAUGCUAUUCAGCUUAAUAUUAUUGCUUGGAUGCCCACAGUAAAUCAUAAAAUAUUAAGAAGACUUCAUCGUGAAUUAGCUAAUUUUGUAGCUCAGCCUCCUUUGUUUAAUAAACCUUGGUUAACACGAUCUGUGUAUGAUCUUUGGUCUCGUCGUUGGCAUCAAAUCUUUAGACCUGGUUUCCAUCAAAUAGCUUAUAAUCCUAUUCGCCGUUUAUUUGGUAAGGAGCAUAAAGUAUUAGGACGAUUGAUAGGUACAAUUGCUGUGUUUGCUUGUUCUGGUGCUAUGCAUGAUUAUAUUAUGCUCGUUAUGCUUGGCUAUAGUAAUUGGAAAGCACCUGGCAUGUUAGGAUAUCAAACUCUUUUCUUUUUCUUACAAUCAUUAGCAACCAUCGUUUCCGCUAUUAGUCCGAAAUUACCUUCAUGGCUAGCUCGUACCUUAACAUGGCUUUGGGUGCUCUAUACUGCACCCUUCUUUGUUGAACCUUAUAUUCGUAUUGGUUUACAUAAAUAUGUCCAAGUACCUGGCUUUCCUAAAUUUAUGGAUGAGCCAAUACGUGCUAUUUGCCCUUAUGGUCCUCGUGAGUUCCUUCAGUAAAAUGAGCAUAAAAUAAAUUUAGACAUUUAUACACUCUAUCUUUUAUUAUUAUUAUUUCCUUACAUUUUUAUAUGCAUACAUAUCUAUAAUCACAUUCAACAAUGUGAAUAAUAUACAAAAUAGACCCUCCCCUUCC